ACGCCCACCCAGAGGACCGGGAAAGUCACUUCAAAAUGAAAAACACGCUGCCUGAAGAUCAUUCAGCAAGACGCUCGUGUUUGGAGACGAUCCUGCCUCCCGCUGAGCCUCAUUUAGAAAACAUCCUCACAGGUUGUGUUGUUGUUUGACACUUGCAUUUAAGACGGACUAUUUUCCCCCAUCUCUCUUUCUCUUUCCUUGAGCCAUYAAUAAUCUAAUCAAGUAGCCUCAGAACCUGCUGAGCGCACUCUCUGGAUGCUUUGGGUGAACAGGUGGCGCAAAGCCGCAGCUUCCCUCACUUGUCCUCUUUACGCACUCUGAGCGGACCUUAAGCGUUUAAUAGGAUACCCAWAGGCGGGCGAGAGGCAGAGCUUUGGGAGUCUUCUUUUGUGGAAGACGCCUGACAGGUGAGCCGAGACGCCCGCGCGGACCGGACAAGGCGACCAUGAGCCACCGGACGCAGGAGGAGAAGACCCCGAGCAAUCCCGCGGARGAGAAAAUCCUCGCGGAGUCCUUGCUCGGUCCGGAGGAGGUCGUCGUCAAGAACUUUUACCACACCAAACGGGUCGGAAACUACCUGAUCGGCAGGAAGCUCGGAGAGGGCUCGUUCGCCAAAGUUAGAGAGGGUCUCCAUGUUUUGACGCGUGAAAAGGUGGCGGUGAAGGUAAUUGACAAGCGGAAGGCCAGGAAAGACUCAUACGUUAUCAAGAACCUGCGGAGGGAGGGCCAAAUUCAGCAGAUGAUCUGCCACCCGAACAUCGCCCAGCUGCUGGACAUCCUGGAGACGGACAACAGCUAUUACCUGGUGAUGGAGCUGUGUCCAGGCGGGAAUCUCAUGAACCGAAUCUAUGACCAGAAGUGCCUGGAGGAAAGGGAGACUCAAAAGUACAUCCGGCAGCUGGUGCUGGCCGUCGAGCAUCUGCACAAGCUCGGCGUGGUGCACAGAGAUCUGAAGAUAGAAAACCUUCUGUUGGAUGAACAGGACAACAUAAAGCUCAUAGAUUUCGGCCUCAGUAACGUUGCUUCCAUCUUGGGAUAUUCGGACCCCUUCAGCACUCAGUGUGGCAGCCCGGCUUAUGCUGCUCCCGAGCUGCUUUCCAGGAAGAACUAUGGGCCAAAGGUGGAUGUUUGGUCCAUUGGUGUAAACAUGUACGCAAUGCUGACUGGAACGCUCCCUUUCACGGUGGAGCCCUUCAACCUUCGAACACUGCACCAGAAAAUGGUGGACAAGGAGAUGAAGCCUCUGCCCCCUUCCCUCUCCACAGCUGCCAUCUGUCUGCUGAAGAAGCUUCUAGAGCCAGACCCCAACAAGCGUCCAAAUAUUCAUCAGGUGAUGGCCGACUCCUGGCUGCAGCUGGCCAACAAGAACACAGGAACACCAUACCUCAAAAGGAUGCACAUUGAAGAAGUGAACCACACAGUUUUAGUACAUAUGACAGAGAAAAUGGGCUACAAGCAUAGUGAAGUGCUCAGUGCCGUCCUCUGCAACCGUGCCUGCCACACUUUGACUGUCUACUACCUUCUCAAGAAGAAACUGAAGAGACUCUCCACAGAGUACAGGGAAUCACAGCUUCAGGAGAAAAAGAAAGGUGAAAAGGAGAAUAACGAAUACUUCCAGACCCAGUGGAGGAAGCACGUUUCCAAACUCACUAUCCCCCCAAAACAGACGCCCAUCUACCUGGCUGUUAGCAAGGGGGCCAACAAGGAAAAGAAACACAAAACAGGUCUAUUAAGGUCAAUAACUGUGGGGCAUCGUAAAUCACCUCUAGCACCACCUGGCACAGUUGCAUCGUCCUCCAUGGAAUAUCUGGAGAUCCAUCCUCUUUUUCCCAAUGCUCCACAGCAACGAAGGCGCCUUGCCACCCUCCCACCAGUCAACACAAGUCCGGAACACAACAUUCCUGCUCCUCCAGCACCGUCACCGAUUGGCAUGCAUUCUUUUGGAUCCCUUGCCAAAGCUGAACAAAUUGAAGAUGUGCCUUCUUCGCCCUGGUACAAGUUGACCAAUGGUACACUGUCACCUCCACGCCACGUCUCGGCCUUCCAACCGGAUUCAUCUUACUUGAAAAAGGCCACAAUCCCAAGUCCUCCUAUUCUCAUUGCUAACCCCCAGCCCAAGAAAGUCUUAUCAUCAGAUAUGUGUGGGUCAUCGGACACCAGUGGUAGCCCUCCAAGUACCAUAGGGAGCCCUCCAGGAAGCUCGGCUUUUAGCCCUCCAAAGUCUGCCUUUAGUCCUCUUAAGCCCAUCUCAGCAUUCAGUCCUCCCUCCAAUAGCAGGAACAGUGAUCCAGGGAGCCCAACACACCGCAGCAAAUUCCCCUCUAUGGGAAUUGGACACAUGCUGAAGAAGAAGGUCCAGCUGGAUCCAUUUGAAUUCCGACCACAGCAAUGUGUAGAGGAAGUUGUGUCCCCGCCUCCAUACCCUCUGAAAACUCUCCUGUGUGCUUCAGGUGCACUUAAGACCCUCUGCUGAAUGACACAAAAGAAAGAAGAAAAAAAGACUAAACUCAAGGUCCCUCUCAACAGUUUAUUGAAGUUGGAGAGGUCUUCCAGAGUGGCCUUUUGAAUUGUGAACUGUCCCUUUAUUGCCGGACAACUUUUUAUGACGCAAUUUUUUGUAAAAAAAAAAAAAAGAAAGAAAAAAGGACAAAAGUGUAAAAAUUGAACACGGUUUACCUCUUGUUAUUACAUGUUAUGAAAUGAGAUUUGAAAGGGAUUCCUGAGCAGUGACUAAUUCUCACUGUGUCCUAAAUACAGAGUUGACUGAGGACAUCCUGUAAUAUCGGCCUUGCCAACUUAUGUACACACACAUGUAAUAUAGACCGAGUUAAAGGUACUCGCUUAUGUAAUUUUGCUGCAACUGGUUUCAGAUUAAGCCGCAAACUGAUUCACACCAGCUAACAGGCCCCAACUUCUACCCUAACCCUGACUAUAUGUGUAAAUGUUUCGUCUUUGUGAAAACUCUGUAUAAUAGUCACUGACCUCCAGCCGGCUAGCACUGUAUCCUAAACGCCGGCUAGGUGACAAAGCUCACUGCACUAUCCUUGAAAACCAAAACUCUUAGGGACAGCUGUAAUGAUUUUUUACCUCACUGCAUUAGUCGAGCAUCACUGCUUAACAGGAGUCUAGUUUGGUGCGCUUGUGUGAAUCGUGCCAUAGCACUGCCAUGUCUAAGUGUAGACAUUAGAAUUGCCACAAUGAAGCAGAGGACCAAGAGUAGAGCCACAUUCACACUUUAUAAACAUUAACUAUCACUAGUACCUAACAUUUUAUACACAAAAAUUCCACUUUAUUUCAGACCCAUGGAGAAACUCAUACUGUAACAGUCUUAGUUAUAUAUGGGUUUUUUUUCUCAUAGAAGAACAUUCCAGUUGACAGUCAGUUUUAAAGUUAGAAAUAUAAAAAUAGAGCAUCAAAAGCCUCAGAAGCCUUAUGAAACCGAUCCGCCUCGCCAAAAGGCUGAGGGGAAUGAGAGUAAGAAGUGCUACUAGUGUCAUAUAACAUCCCUGGAAAUAAAUGACUUCGUUUUUGUCUUAAUGCUGUUAGCUUGUGCAAUAGUCUUCUAAGUGUUAACUGCGCAAUGAUGAGUAUUUGCCAAAAGCACUCUGCGAGUGUGAAGGAAAUUGUUCUUGUAAAUAAGUUUAACACUUCGUCACAUCUGCCAUUUUGUAUGAAAUGGAAUUCAAAAAAUGUUAAUUGAGAUGACUUUUUUGCGAAAAAAAAAGAGGCUUCCACAUACGAGGCUUUUCGCUGUUAAAUACUGUAGAAUUUCUUCCUGUUGAAAGGAAAGCUUGCAUGAGUCAAACUGUGCUGUCAACAUUUUAAAUUAUGUCUUUUUGUAACUCUUUUCCUGUUUUUAACUGAGAUUGAUACAGACUCGGGGAGGUCUUUUGUACGAUUUUGUAAUGAAUGGUUUUGCUUUUUGAUUGUUCAGAGAUUUCUAUGCUGUAUAAAGUAUUUUAAAUAUUUAUAAUGAA